UCUUCCGCACAUGCCCGUGUCACCCCCUGCGCACGCGCACUGAGCGGCCCCGGUCCGGACAGUGUUUGGAGUCAUCUGGUCGGCGCGGGAUCUUCCCGGACAGUACAGCAGGAUGUUGUGCCGGGCGGCUCUGAGCGCCCGUCGGUGUACCAAUGCCCGAUGUCUCCUGUCCCGGGUCCAGAUCACUGCUGCAUCAUGUCAUCCAAAAUUUGCUCCAGCUGUUCACCGGCAGAGCUCCCGGCACUGGAGCAAUGUUCCCUACAUGACCGUGCCUCUUAUCCGCUCACACGGAAAACCAUUUACGCACCGCAGUGAGCUGAAACAUGCCAAGCGCAUUGUCGUAAAGCUGGGGAGCGCGGUGGUGACCCGAGGGGAUGAGUGUGGACUGGCUCUUGGAAGGUUGGCAUCCAUCGUAGAGCAGGUGUCUGUGCUGCAAAACCAAGGCCGAGAGAUGAUGAUCGUCACCAGCGGAGCCGUGGCAUUUGGAAAGCAGCGUCUCCGCCAUGAGAUCCUCUUGUCUCAGAGUGUGAGGCAAGCAUUGCAUUCCGGGCAGAAUCAGCUGAAAGACAUGCAAGUCCCAGUACUGGAGGCACGAGCUUGUGCAGCGGCUGGACAGAGCGGGCUGAUGGCUCUUUAUGAAGCUAUGUUUACCCAAUACAGCAUCUGUGCAGCUCAGAUUCUGGUCACAAAUUUGGAUUUCCAUGAUGAGCAGAAGAGACGGAAUUUAAACGGCACUUUGCACGAGCUGCUGCGAAUGAACAUCGUGCCGAUCAUUAACACGAAUGACGCUGUCGUUCCUCCUCCUGAACCUAACAGUGAUCUCCAGGGGGUAAAUGUGAUCAGCAUAAAGGAUAAUGACAGCUUGGCAGCUCGGCUGGCUGUUGAGAUGAAGGCGGACUUGAUCAUCGUUCUUUCUGAUGUGGAAGGUCUUUUUGACAGCCCCCCUGGGUCAGAUGAUGCCAAACUCAUCGACAUAUUUUACCCAGGAGAUCAGCAGUCUGUGACGUUUGGGAAUAAGUCAAGAGUCGGUAUGGGAGGCAUGGAGGCCAAGGUCAAAGCUGCUUUGUGGGCCCUUCAAGGUGGCACCUCGGUGGUGAUAGCCAAUGGCACCCAUCCUAAAAUAUCUGGUCAUGUGAUCGCAGACAUCGUGGACGGAAAGAAGGUUGGCACUUUCUUUUCUGAAGUAAAACCAGCUGGACCUACUGUGGAGCAGCAGGCAGAGAUGGCUCGGGCGGGUGGCAGGAGCUUGGCUACCCUGCAGCCAGAGCAGAGAGCAGAAGUCAUCAAUCGUCUGGCCGACUUGCUGACGGAUAACAGAGAUGAGAUUCUGACUGCUAAUAAGAAGGACAUGGAGGAAGCAGAGGAUAAAGGAAGACUGGCCCCUCCACUCUUGAAACGGUUGAGCUUGUCCACAGCCAAGUUGAACAGUCUUGCCAUUGGACUCAGGCAGAUAGCUGCCUCCUCCCAAGACAGUGUAGGGCACGUCAUUCGUAGAACACGAAUCGCCAAUGAUCUGGAGUUGGAGCAAGUGACGGUACCAAUCGGCGUCCUGCUGGUUAUUUUCGAGUCUCGACCAGACUGCCUGCCACAGGUUUCAGCACUAGCUAUCGCCAGUGGUAAUGGCCUUUUGCUAAAAGGAGGAAAAGAGGCUUCUAACAGCAACCAGACUUUGUACCGUCUCACCCAGGAGGCUCUCUCACUCCAUGGCGUCAAGGAUGCAAUCCAACUGGUGAAUACCAGAGAAGAGGUUGAAGAUUUGUGCCGAUUAAACAAACUGAUUGACCUGAUCAUUCCCCGGGGCUCCUCUCAGCUGGUGAGAGACAUCCAGAAAGCGGCUAAAGGAAUCCCUGUCAUGGGGCACAGUGAGGGGAUAUGUCACGUCUAUGUGGACAUCGAGGCCAGUGUGGAGAAGGUUACGAGAAUCCUGAGAGAUUCAAAGUGUGAAUACCCAGCUGCUUGCAAUGCCAUGGAGACCCUGCUGAUUCACAGAGAUAUCCUGAGGACUCCAUUGUUUGACCAGAUCAUUGACAUGUUAAGAGUGGAGCAGGUAAAGAUCCAUGCUGGUCCCAAGUUUGCCUCCUAUUUAACCUUUAGCCCCUCGGAGGUGAAGUCCCUGAGGACAGAAUAUGGAGAUCUGGAAUGCUGUAUUGAGGUGGUCGAUGGUGUUGAAGAUGCAAUUGAGCAUAUCCACAAAUAUGGCAGCUCCCACACAGAUGCCAUUGUUACUGAGAAUGAGUCCACAGCAGAAUACUUUCUCCAACACGUAGACAGCGCCUGUGUGUUCUGGAACGCCAGCACUAGAUUUUCAGACGGUUAUCGAUUUGGACUAGGAGCAGAAGUCGGUAUCAGCACAGCCCGGAUCCAUGCCCGGGGGCCUGUUGGUAUAGAGGGAUUGCUCACCACAAAAUGGUUACUGCGGGGGGAGAAUCACGUCGUCUCCGACUUUUCUGAACACGGCAGCAUGAAGUACCUGCAUGAAAAUAUCCCAGUGCCACAGAGAACCGCCAGCUAAAACCCAGACUGUUACCUCUCCUCUCUACCAGUACAGGCCUCCUCUAGAGUCGGGAAUCGCCGAUCAGUUCCCACACUGAGAUACAGAUUUGCACCCCUAGAAUAUAGCAGAGAGCAUUUACUGCCCCCCCCCCCCCCCAACUGUCACUUGUGCACACUGGAGAUUGUGGCUGGCUAGGGACUUUGAUCGUAAUUUUAAGCUUCGAUUGCAGCACAAUCAAGAUGUUGGCUUGAUAAAUGAAAUGGCACUUAGAAUACGGUUAUUACAAGAGUGACCAAGCAUUUAGAAUACGGUUAUUACAAGAGUGACCGAGCAUAACUCUUGACUCAGAAUUUUACAAUAGUACUGAAGCCUCUGGAGAUUUCAGCUCUUCUUUUUAAUCCUAUAAAUUCCUCUGCCGCCUCCAACCCUUUUCCUUUCUUCUUUUUUUUUUUUGUUUUGAAAAAUGGCAAGUGGUGGCUAUUAUACUGCAUUUGAAGCCUUGUGAGCAAGCGGCAAUGCCCCAGCUAUAGAUGAAAUACAGUACCAUGUAGGCAGUAGAAUAGUGUCACCUUGCCAAUUCAGUACAACAUCUUUGCAAAGGGCCUUUCUAACCACGAAUACUCUCUUUGCCAACUGCCACUUCUUUCUCGCGUUAGCAGUAGGCCGCAAUACACAGCGUUCUAAGGUAUGGAGGAGCAUGUGACAACAUCCUAUGGGUCAGUGCUUAAGUUUAAUAGCUACUAGUCACCUAGACCUUAGUACUGUCCCAUAACGGAUUGAGUGAUGUCACUGCUCUCCCUAGCAUCUGACAUUAAACGACACUAGAGAUUUUAGUGCCGGCUGUGAUGGAGCAAGAUGCGGUAGGUGAGCGCUAGUAAGGCAAGUAUUAAUAGGGUAGGCUGGAGAUUUGGUAGGACAUGUACCUUGAACGUGGAAGAUGAUUUUGUC